GAUAGAGUGAAGAAGGGAAGAGGGAGUGAGCAAGACUGACAGGGGAUUCCAAGAGUGGAGAGUCAGCAGUGAGUAUGUUUGUGGAAAGAGGAGGGAGGAUAAGUAUGCAGAGAAACAGAGAGGGUAUGGGAGAGAGGUGAGGCUUGGUUUGAUUCAUGUUGUGAUCAGAGCCAAUAGAAAGCCCCCUUCUAUGUCUAGGGGGAAGCAGAAGUGAGACUCCAAACCCAGCUGGAAACACACAGAGACACUGAACUAGAAUACUGAGACACAGAAACCCAAUGGCAUAGAAAGACAUAUUACAAAGAGAGGAGAAAGAGAUAUAUACAUAUUUUGAGAUAAAUAUGGAUUAUUAAUAAACUCAAAGAUACAGACUCAGUGGAGAGAAACAGGACCACAGACCUUGGGACACUCAGCUGAAAGUCCACCUCAGGAACCCCUGCUGUUCCAAUGGAAACCAACACCAGGAUUCCCUCUACAGGACCAGUAAGGGUGGACAGCUACCCCUAACUGAGACAGGAUCACCCCACUGUCCUGGGACACUGUGGCAAGAGAAUGUUUUGCAGAAUCACUCUCCCGGUCCUACUGGCUGGGGUGCUCUGCGUUGCCACCGACACCAGGAAGCCCCGCCCGCAGGGCUCCAUCCCCUCACUUUUCAAGACCAAAGGCAACCUGUCGGAGCGUCAGCGCCUGUUGCCGCGGAAACCCGAAGUCCUUUCGUCAAGUCGGGAGGCCCUGGUGGUCACGGAGCGCCGGUACCUCCGACGUGACUGGUGCAAGACACAACCCCUCCGCCAGACAGUGAGCGAGGAGGGCUGUCGGAGUCGUACGGUGGUCAACCGCUUCUGCUAUGGCCAGUGUAACUCCUUCUACAUCCCACGCCACAUGAGCCCUAGCUCAAAUCGAGGCCCGGGGUCCGGCCGGAAGAACCACAACAAGGCCCAAGAGCCCUUCCAGUCCUGUUCCUUCUGCAGGCCGCACCGCAUCACCCAGCUCACUGUGCAGCUGGACUGUCCGGGGCUGCAACCAGCCUUUCGCCAUCGCAAGGUGCAGCGUGUCAAACAGUGUCGCUGUAUGUCGGUGGAUGUGAGUGGUAACGGAAAACUGUGAGGAAUUCUUUGGAACCAGACCAUGACAGUCACCAUGGACACUAAUGUGACUGUGAAAGUGAACGUUAACAUGAACAUGAAUAGCGUAGACAUGACAGGGGACAAGCUAGUAGUACCUCUCCCCUAUAUUGGACUAUUCUGCAUUAUCACUUUGUACACAGGUCUACUGGUCACACAAAAUGAACCCUACAGGUACUGGUAGUGCAGAGUGGCCCUUCUAUUAGCCCUUUGACUAUAUGGACAGCUAUGGUGAAAACUACAAAUUGCAGACAUAAAUGGAUGCUUUGCACAACACCAACUGAAGCACAGACAUGUUUCAGUUCAACACAGUCAGGCAUAUAAAACAACUGGGUCCUUUCGACUCUAUACAAACUUGUAAUAUUACCUUACCAUGGACUGAUGGCCCCUUUCAGCUGGCCUUUGGGACAUUUGGGACAUAUAAAACCAUAAACACAGCACCAAGUUCUAGACUGAAAGCAGAGCUCUUAAGCUGUCUAUGGCAUGCUGUGGACUGGGCUUACCUGGGGAACUGUCCAGCCAAUAGGGCUUCAGACUGAGAAAAAAGAACCUCGUCGGUCUAAGUAUCUGCCUAUGGAUUUAAGAGCCACCUGUGAAAUAAUUCACACAAAUAUCAAGCUAGCCAGUAAAGAAUUUAUAUUAUUAUUUUAUGUAUAUCUGUUGUACGAUAAAUAUAUAUGUAUAUGUCAAAGGAUAAGUAGUUAUAAAUAUAUAUAAAAUCUAUUUCAUGUGAAACAUCUGUGUGGUCUGAAUGCAAACAAUGUUGUGGCAUUAAAGGAUCUGGUUGACCAAUGAUGGUUGAGAAGAAUAGGCUCAACAACUAUUCAGAUAAAGACUUUCAGGAUGAUUCAUCUUCAAUAAAUAGCAUUUUAUCAGGAA